CAGGCGAAGGCCCAGGCAGGAGGAGGCCCGGACGGCCGGGCGAGGCCCCUGAGGGGCGGGGCCAGCGGUGCACGGGCUGGGGGCCGCGUCCUCUCCGUACCCGCGCGGCGCCGGGCCGCUCGCUCCAGAUUUUCUUCGACGUAACUGCCAGAUUAAGCUACCAUUUAGUCUUCUUCUGUUCAAAACCAAGACAGGAAAGCGUGGAGGACUGAGUGCUGUGCUCAGCUCUUCUCCAGCCAUCAUGACAUACUCCUCAUAACCAUCCUAUGGGACUGGGAGACAAGACUUGAAACCAAAGAAUCAACUAUAAAGCCCAGCAUUACUGAAUAUUUAUCCUAUGGGGUAAUAAUGGAAAGGGAAGAUCUCUGGCCUUCUUCUUUAGGGGAAGCCUGGGAACCUGAUAAUUGGUUAGAUGGGCAACAGAAAAACCAGGACAGACAUCUGCGCCAAGCGGCCGUUACUCAUAAGGAAACCCUCCCUGAGAGGAGGGCAUGUGGAGGUCAUGAAUUUGAAAGAUGUUCUAGUCAGGGGUCAGUCCUUGAUAUACAACAAAGUAUUCCUGUGGGACAAAGGCCCCAUAAUCAGAAUUCACAUGGAGAAGACACUAAACAGAAUUCUGAAUUAAUUAAAACUCAAAGUAUGUUUGUAGGAAAGAAAAUCUAUGAAUGUAAUGAAUGCGGGAAAACCUUCAGCCAGAGCUCAUCUCUUCUUAAGCACCAGAGAAUUCAUACUGGGGAGAAACCCUAUAAGUGUAAUGUAUGUGGGAAACACUUCAUUGAACGCUCCUCCCUUACUGUACAUCAAAGAACUCAUACUGGAGAGAAACCCUACAAAUGUAACGAAUGUGGGAAAACCUUCAGCCAGAGCAUGAACCUUACUGUUCAUCAAAGAACUCACACUGGAGAGAAACCCUAUCAGUGUAAAGAGUGUGGAAAAGCUUUCCGUAAGAAUUCAUCCCUUAUUCAACAUGAAAGGAUUCAUACUGGAGAGAAACCGUACAAAUGUAACGAAUGUGGGAAAGCUUUUACCCAAAGCAUGAAUCUUACAGUUCAUCAGAGAACUCACACAGGAGAAAAACCCUAUGAGUGCAAUGAAUGUGGGAAAGCCUUUAGUCAGAGCAUGCACCUUAUUGUACAUCAGAGAAGUCAUACUGGAGAAAAACCCUAUGAGUGUAGUGAAUGUGGAAAAGCUUUUAGUAAAAGCUCAACCCUAACUCUGCAUCAACGAAAUCACACUGGAGAAAAACCCUACAAAUGUAACAAAUGUGGGAAAUCCUUUAGCCAAAGUACAUACCUUAUAGAACACCAGAGACUUCACUCUGGAGUAAAACCUUUUGAAUGUAAUCAGUGUGGAAAAGCUUUCAGCAAGAAUUCAUCUCUUACUCAACAUCGGAGAAUUCAUACUGGAGAGAAACCUUAUGAAUGUAUGGUAUGUGGAAAACAUUUCACUGGGCGAUCUUCCCUUACUGUACAUCAGGUUAUUCAUACUGGAGAGAAACCUUAUGAAUGCAACGAAUGUGGAAAGGCCUUCAGCCAGAGUGCAUACCUUAUUGAACAUCAAAGAAUUCAUACUGGUGAGAAACCCUAUGAAUGUGAUCAGUGUGGAAAAGCCUUCAUUAAAAAUUCAUCCCUUAUAGUGCAUCAGAGAACUCAUACAGGAGAGAAACCCUAUCAGUGUAACGAAUGUGGAAAAGCCUUCAGUCGGAGUACAAACCUUACACGACAUCAGAGAACUCAUACCUGAGUUUUUUCAUUGAACCCUUCACCAGGAUUAACUCUUUGGUGAUAAUCAGAUAAGUCAUGUAACAUAGAAACCUAAUAAAUGUGAUGAUUGUAGGAAUCU